UGAUUUGAGUUGGCUCAAAACGCUUGGAAAUUGAUCAUAUGCCUUUUAGGCUACUAAGGUACACUAGACAGGGGAUGUAAGAUCCAAAUGAAAAAAACACUGGUCCUCCACUUUGUUCGCUGGCAGUUCCCCCUCCUUACGUAUGUGGGCGUGGGUGUUUGUAUGUGUGUAUGUAUAUAUACUACAUCGAUCCAAUGGCUCAUGUACAAUAACAUUAUAGCCGCAAGCCUGCUCUCUCUCGUCACAUCCUUAUCUGCUUGCCCCCACACCCCAAAGCCAAGACAUAAAAACGAGAAAAACAAAAACAAACCGAAGUCGCCGAGAUGCUGUGUUCCCAAUAUAACCUUAGAAACCUACUAUGCAGUAAACUAAAUAAACGGCCCAGGGAACAUGCUCUCGUGUGCUCGGUGGCUGGGAUCAGAGGAGUGAACAUGCCUGCAUUGGAGGAGCAGAAGGGGAAACACAUUAGAGUCGAGGAAAUUCAAGACUCGUAGA